UUAUCUUCUAGUGUCUGGUAUACAAAUUGUCAUCAUUGUAAUAGCUGUAGUGUUAAUGCUGGGACUUAUCACCUGUAUCAUCAGUCACUAUAAGAUGGGGGCAUGGUCAUGGCGUGAAGGAUGGGGUAGACCUCCCAGCCUUUCAGAACCACAAAGCCUUCUACAAGUAACUCCUCCACAGGACCUGUCACCAUCACAACAUAAUUACACCCCUGCACCACAUUCCUCAGUGCUGUAUACUCCUGACAAUAUAGAGGAACGUCAAAGGCUAGAGCUCGUCUCCCUGCAGAAUCAACAUAUUAGACAGCAAUCUGUACAGAUGGACUUUAACCUAGGUUUACCUCACACAGUUACUUUACCUGAUGGUGAAGAAUUCCCUUACAACAGUUCCAAAUCUCUCCACUUCCAUGAUCCUAAUCAGGACAAUGAAAUCAUUAGAAGCUGGAUAAAACCACCUCCAAACAGAAUAGUGUCAGAAGGGGAGAGUCCUCCUCCUUAUCGGUCAAACUCUGUAAGUCUCCUAUCAAAGCCAUGUACACCACCAGUCUUACGAACUUCAGACAUGAAUCCCCUAGUCAUACGUUCAAACAGUGUUAGUGUGAAUAUUAAUGUUCCCCAUAAUCUCUUUAGUUAUCAACUGGAAAGCUGUAACACCAGCUCAACUCCGCAGUGUAGGAUAACCAAUAACAGAGAUGCCACUAGCAGCAGUUUGGACAAUAGAUGUAAUUCUGGCGGGAGAAUGCAAUCAUUCUUUAAUUUAGUGGACCCACCUCCACGCUAUUGUGACCUAACUACCAAUCAAGACCAUUCUAAUGGUUCCCCCAGUGGAGUCUGACCACCGGUCAAGUUCAGUAAUUAGAAAGUCUUUCUGUGGAAGGAAUGUGAUAUGUAGUCAUUGUCAUCACCCCUGCAGGGUAACAUCUGGGAGAAACGGAGGUUGUGGGCGAAAAGUCACUCCCAGAAAACCGGAUUCAGAGUUAGCUGUGGCCCACUCUCAGAGUGCCUCAGAUGAUGAUGUGAAUAUAUUUGAUUACUCUCAGAUAGAUAAUUUUGUCUCUUCAAUGUGCUACCAGCUGUGCACAACCUGUAUAUUGUAUUUCAAAGGACAAAGAAACAUGUAUAGAUAUCUGAGCUUUAUUUCUUUUUUUCAGAGGAGUUAAAGAAUCUGAUGAAAUGUAUGACCUACUGCUUCAGUUUCCAACACGUUUGACAACAUUUUUUUUGUUAGCUUACCAAUUGAUGGUGUCCAAGACACCAGGAAAUAUGUAAAUUGUGUAAUUUGGAUUAUAAGUGUGCCUGUAUACAUGUAUGAGUGACUAAUGAGUACAUAAGAAUCAGAGUGACUCUAAACUGAAGAAAUUGUAAUGUUAGGGAACUUGAAGUGAAUAGUGCAUUCUGUUGUCACCAGAAGCUUGGGUUAAAGACCUGCAUGAUCACAAGGUACUGCAGGAAUUGGUGCUAUACUUUUGUUAAAGAAUAUGUUAAUUUACUAGAGAAAGAUAGGCUUAUGCCAAAUAGCUUGUGCUGGGUGUGUGAUACUGAUAUUUUCUUUUAUUAUAGUGAAAGUCCCCUUUCCUUCUUUGCCCUUUGCUUACGGUCUCACAAUUACUAUUUUUAUUCCUUGGAUGUUGGGUUUUGUAAACUUUGUGUGAUAACAUCCUACAGCAUUACAUUUGAUCGUUGUUAUUUUGUUUUUUUCUUUCUCACUCUUAAAUAACUUGUAUUUGUCUUUGUAUAAUCUGUUUUUUUGCUACUUUCUUUAAUGACUCUUUCGAUAAUCAUUCACAAAGUAAUGAGUUCAUCAGAAGGAUAGACUUCUCUAUCAGCUGUGAUUUGUUUUUGUUUCUUAAGUUGUGUAGUUAGCCAUGUAUGCUUUGUUAUGGUGAAAUUCGACAGGGUAUUAAACAAAUUUAGAUUUGCAGUUUAGCAAGAUCACAAUUCAGAAAUGUGUAGUUUUUUUUGUAUAAUUCUGGUCAACAUUGAGUCUUCUCUAUGUAAGAGUGCAGCAGAAAUAUAUGUUAUAACCCUGUGCCAAGUUUGUAAAGUAAGAAAGCAAAAGCUGUUGUUGUUAUUGUACUGUUGUUGUGUUCUAUCACUUGGGAGGGAGAGAUGCAAGCCAUGUCCAUCAAUACAAUGCAGAAAAAAACAAAUAAUUUACAAUCCAUGGUGCACCACAUUUUUUGAAGCUAAUGCAUUGAUAUAGACCACAAUAAAUACAAAGUUUCAGUUUUAUUUUUAA